AGAAGGAAGGAGGGUGAGUACCGGAUGGAGAAAACAGAAAAAGAAUUGUAUGCGCGCUGUCUGAAUAUAUCCUAUACUUGUAAAUAAUCACAUCCGAGUUGCACUUUUGCCUUUAAAUUCCGUUUCUGGACACCUCUUUUUUCAUCCAGCCAGCUGGGAGAGACAAAGCACUGUUGGUGCCUUCAGGGACGGAACUCUGGUAGGGGCUGGCUGGCUGUAAAUUGACGUGGCAUGGAAAUUCUCCGCUAAGUUGGAGCAGCUUGCAAGUUUCUCGAAGAUCAAGCCCAGCCUCCAGGAGCUGGGGCUCAACCAUGGGCUCAGAGACUUCACAGAAAAAUGGAUAGAGCGUGCCCUCGGCCCCUUGCUUCGGACCCCGACGUUUUCUUUUGGGCUGUCUAUGGUUCAGCCGAAAACCAAGUCAAAGCAGCCAAGUCUGCAACUUUCCUUUCGCAGCUUAAACAACAGAAUUUGCUGCUCUCUCGCCCUUUUCCUGCAGUUUAAUUCCUUGCAGACUCUGCCAUGGGGUGCGGACUUCGGAAGCUGGAAGACCCUGAUGAUAGCAGCCCUGGAAAAAUCUUUUCUACCCUCAAGAGACCGCAAGUGGAAACAAAGGCAGAAUUUGCUUACGAAUAUGUGUUGCUGGAUUUUACUCUACAAGCUUCAUCAAACCCAGCAGUCAUCAAGAUAAAUUCAGUCCUGGAUAUAGUAACAAAAGUGGAAGACUAUUACCUUAAAGGAUAUAUUGUUGGGGCCAUUCAUCCCAUUAUACAACCCGUGGGGCAACGGAAGAAUCUACCAGCCAGUUACCUGUAUAGAGUGGUACUGUCCCGCUUGAAAUUAAGCUCCAAACAUUCGGCAGCGCCAAGUGGACAAAGGCGACCAAGACUUGUGAUCGAGGAAUGUCCGCUAGUCAACGAGACACAAGCCAAUGACACAGCAAAAGAGCUCCUAGAAAAGAUUAAUGUUAGUGCUAAAAGAGGCAUGAAAUUUGUUGGAUUCAUCUCCCAGCACCAUCCACCAUCUAAAUGCUGUAAUGGAACCAACCAUGAUGGACAGGCAGAGGCAGCGCCGCAUGUGAGACGCAGCUCAGAUGAGAACUGCAAGAGCUGGGAUGGAGGGACACUAGGCGGGCAGUCACCUGAGAGCGGGAUUGAGGAAGCUCACCAGGAAGGUGGGCCGUGCCAAGUGGAACGAAAUGACAGCCUCAGCGACUCCAAGCUAAAAAAGGGAGAAGAUAGCAAGUUGUACACCGUCUUCAAUGUCUUUGAUGAGGAUUCCACUUGCUGGGCCUACCAGGAGGGCACCUUGUCAAUGAAAGUGACCAGGAAAGGAGCUGUCAUCAGUACCCUUGAUGCCGACUGGCUGGAGCUAACGACGUUUUACUAUAAGCAAGGCUUAUCAUUAAUUGACUCUUUUGUGUGCUGGGAAACACCGAAAGGGGACCAUUUGCCUAAAUCUUUGGAAGGAUUUUUCAUCUAUGAAGAAGAAGGUUCUGGAGUUCCAGGUUCUAAUAGGAGAGGAAAUGAUGCCAUCGUGGUGGAACAAUGGACUGUCAUUGAGGGCUGUGAAAUCAAAACGGAUUACGGCCCCCUACUGCAUACUCUGGCUGAGUUUGGAUGGCUUCUGACAAGCGUGUUGCCUACACCUAUACUGAGACAUGACAGUGAAGGGAACCUGGCUACAAAGCAGGUUGUAUUCCUUCAGAGGCCAGUCAUGUGGAAUUCUGCUGCUCAGACUCCAGAAAGGAAAACCAGCCGGCUCCCGAGAAGUGACGACGGGAGGAAAGGCAGCAGCAAGGGCGUGGGCCCCGACGCCCCCGCCGCACCCCCACCGGCCGAGGCCCCCGCCGCACCCCGGGACGGCCUCCUCCCGUCCCCGUCCCCGUCCCGGGAAAGCUGGGCCGAGGAGCGGAGGCCCGCGCAGGGCGGCGGCUUCUCCGGGCUCAGCAGCGGCGACAGCGUCCUCCGAGACCUAGAUGAUGGCCAGUUCGACCAGGAGGACGGGGUGACUCAGGUCACUUGCAUGUGAGCCACCAGAGCAAGCCACCUAAGGCCUUGUAAAUAGUGACUGUCGACUGACUUUAUUUUAUUACUUGUAUCUGCUUUUAUGUCUUUUUUUUUUUUUUAAUUUCCCACACUCAGCCUUUCCUCUAACCUAUGUAAACUUCGGCUCAACCUCCCAGACAAGGAAGAGUAACCAACAUGUUUGUAAAUCUAGAACCAUGUUUACAUUUCUCCCAAUUAAAUCAUCUGUCUAAACAGAUGUCCCAUUGGGUUACCAAGCAA